AUGCCGUACAAAAAUUCGGAUAUCCAGAAUAUUUUACCAGAAAAUGAAGUUCAUUGGAAAAUAAUAUAUUGUCCAAAACGUCGUAUAACACAUAAUGAAUAUCGAAUAUCGAUUGAAUUAAAAGAUAAAAAACGACAAUAUACAUGUGUAUCUUUCGAACAAUUAUUUGAGUUAUUAGAAAAAACACCAAUUGAAAAACGAUGCUUUUAUGAGCAUAUUAGUCGUGGUGAUACUGUGAAACUUUAUCUUGAUUAUGAAUAUUAUAAAAAUCAUCGAAAUGCAAUGAUAGAUGUGAAUAAAGCAUUAUUAUGUAUUCAGCAAUUAUUUAUUAAUGUAAUUCAAGUCUUGUCGAAUAAUAAGAAUAUUUUUAUACAUGAUGUAAUUGUAUUAGAAUCGUCAUCUGAUGAAAAAGAAAGUUAUCAUAUAAUCUUCAAUAAUGAAAAUAUUCGUUUUCUUGAUAAUCAAUCUGUAUAUUUGUUUGUGACCGAAGUAUUUCGUAUCAUCUUAUUAGCUACUAUUACUCAUGAAUGUUUGAGAAAUAAAAAUUAUAUUGAUAAAAAGCUAAAUAAUGAAUCUAAUUUAAUGGAGGUAAUCAAUGCCUUCAACUGUGUUUGGUUAGAAUGGUUUGCUUGCAUUGAUUGUAAAAUAAAAAAUAUGGAGCUUAAUGUAUGUGAUGUUUGCAAUUUAUUUGUACAUGAUCAAAAAGGAUAUAUCAUUCCAUGUGUUGAUUUGAAAGUAUAUGGUAUAGAACAAGAUUUUCGUAUGUUUAUGUGUACAAAAAGAGGUGAAGAGCGACCAUUAAUAAAAAUAAUAACAAUAAUUAUGUAUUCUAAUUUAGCUUCGAACACUGGUAAAGAAUUAAGUAUUAAUUUAAGAAAAGAAACACUGCAAAAAUCAUUAGUGACUGAGCCAGCCGGAAAUAAUAGUCAUUAUGUAGAUGUUAAUGGAAUCUGGAAAUGGGCGAAAUUAAUUGGAAUUGAUAUGAAGAAGGAAAGAGAGCAAUCUAGCGAAGAUAAACAAGAUGUACAAAAAAAACAUCUCAGUCUAAACGAACAUAAAAUUUUAGCUCGUAGCGAACACGAAAUUUAUGCUGAGGUGUGGACGAAAACGUAUCUAAAUUCUAUAGGAUCAUCUGGUGUAAUUCAUUCUAUUAAAACCGGCAAACAUGCUAGAUUGAUUAUGUGUAAUAUACGUAAUAUGAACACUUGCAAAGAAUUACAUGAAGAUUAUAUUAAUGAUAGUACAAUUUAUGUAAAUUUAAAAGAAAGACUGUUUUCUGUGCGUUGUAACCAUAUUCCAUGUAAUAAAAGACCUUGGGUAUGGCAACCUCUAAUUUAA